AUGUGGACAUUGCAAAAAACAUUAUCGAAUUCAACAAGUUGUAUUCAUAAAAUACAUAUGAUACCGUGCCAUGGCUUCUUAACAAAGGGUGAAGCUUCGAAAAUAUACAAUAACGAGCGUAUGCCACCGACAAGUUGUGGUGGAUUAUUUAGUGCUCCAAUGCCUUAUGAAUAUAUUACAUCCGAAACAGAAAUCCGAGCACCUCAAGCGACGAAUGAGAUGCUCGCGAGGGUUUAUAUGAAUCAAAACGUUCUCUCAAGUGCUUUGCACAUAAAAUGUCCGCGAUGUUCCGUAAGGAGCAGUUGGUAUGCAUCGCCGAUUGCGUUGCAGUGUCGUCGUCAACUAACUACUCUACGACAUGGUUGGCCGUACAUUGCUAAAUAUUGUGAUUUGGAAGAAGAAACAGAAAUGAAUCUCGAGAAAAGGAUUUACUGUUAA